AUGCGCACGGCACUCCCGUCGAAGCUCGAGAAUUUGGUGCGGGCGGAGUUUGAGGACACAUGCCGCCGCCGCUUUUUUUUCGGUCUGGCCUUUGACCCGUACGGCGGGUCGGCGGGGCUGUACGACCUGGGCCCGCCGCUCUGCGCCAUGAAGGCCAACCUCCUGUCGUACUGGCGGCAGCACUUUGUGCUGGAGGAGAACAUGUGUGAGGUGGACACGACGUCCCUGACGCCGGAGGAGGUGUUCAAGGCAUCCGGCCAUGUGGUGCGGUUCAACGACGUCAUGGUGCGGGACACCGUCACAGGCGAGUGCAUCCGCGCCGACAAGCUGCUCGAGGAGUACAGUGAGACGCGGCUCAAGGACGCCACCCUGCCAAUAGAAACGAAGCAGGAGAUGCAGACGCUCCGUAACAGGGCGGCCGGGAUGACGCCGGCGGAGAUGAAGGCGGUGAUUGAACACCACCAGGUCAAUUCGCCCAAAGGCAACGCACUCAGCGAGCCGUUUCCGUUCAAUCUCAUGUUCUCCACGAGUAUUGGACCGGAGGGAGACCGUGUUGGGUACAUGCGCCCUGAACUUGCGCAGGGGAUCAUACUGAACUUUAAGAGACUACUCGAUUCAGGCAAUGCGCAGCGCAUGCCGUUUGCAGGGGCGUGCAUCGGCACCGCCUUCCGAAACGAAAUUGCGCCACGCGCAAACCUUAUCCGCGUCCGUGAGUUUACGCUGGCGGAGAUUGAGCACUUUGUCAACCCCAACGACAAGAGCCAUGAAAAGUUUGAGAGCGUCAGGGGCACGGAGUUCUGGGCAUGGCCACGGGAACUACAGGACGCCAAUGCAGACCCUGUUCUUAUGACCGUUGGGGAUGCCGUUGCUAAAAAGAUCAUUGACAAUGAGACGCUCGGCUACUUCAUUGCCCGCACGGUUCUUUUUCUUGAGGCCGUCGGUUUGCGUUUUCUCCGCUUCCGCAACACCAGCGUGAUGAGAUG